UUUUUGUUGCACUCUCAGAAUUCGUGACAAUAUUCAGACUUUUUAUCUCAGAAUUGUUGACAUAAUUCUUACAUUUUAUCUCAUAAUGUCGGCUAUCUCAGAAUUACCAAAAUAAAAAUCCAUACUUGUGAGUGCGUUACUGCAGAAUUGCCACCAGAAGGCACUCGCUCACUUCCAAAGUAUGGGCGCCAUUCAGUGGACACUUCAUGUAACUACAUCGAGACGCGUCCCCUGUGGCGAAAGCUAACCCGUCCAAAAUCCGAUUAGUGGAUGUUGGACUGGGUUUUUCUCACAUUUCCAGUCGGACGUGUGUGUCACGUGGACGGAAGUUAGAGACUCCUCGCUCCUCCCAGAACGUUGUGGGUAUCUGCUUCAUGAAGGCGACAUGGACUUCAUGACGAACCUCGACGUGCAGAAGUACAUUCAGGACGGCUACGUGGUUCUGGAUGGCCUUCUGACCCCUCAGGAGUGCGACCGACUGCGACAGAGGAUGUCUGAGGUCGUGGACAACAUGGACGUCCCGGCGCACUGCCGCACCACCUUCUCCACCUACCAGGAUGAGCAGCUGAAAACACAGGGAAACGCAGACUAUUUCAUCAGCAGCGGAGAUAAGAUUCGCUUUUUCUUCGAGAAGGGAGUUUUUGACGACAAAGGAGAAUUUGUGGUGCCGAAACAUCGAUCGCUGAAUAAAGUGGGACACGCGCUUCAUGCUUAUGAGCCCUUGUACACAGAAGUUACACAUUCGGCCAAAGUCCAGGGCAUCGCCAGGAAGCUCGGCCUCGUUCAUCCUGUCAUACUGCAGAGCAUGUACAUCUUUAAGCAACCUGGGAUAGGUGGGGAAGUAACGCCUCACCAAGAUGCCACUUUUUUGUACACGGAGCCCCUGGGGAGGGUGAUGGGGCUGUGGAUCGCCCUGGAGGACGCCACUCUAAACAACGGCUGUCUGUGGUUCAUCCCGGGCUCACACAAAACAUGCGACGUGACUCGACGAAUGGUGCGGACCCCCAAGGACACAUAUCCUCUGACAGACUUUGUCGGCAAAGAGCAGGACUAUGAUGAUGACAAGUUUAUUCCAGUCGAAGUCAAAAAAGGUGGCGUUGUCCUGAUCCACGGCCAGGUGGUGCAUCGCAGUGCUGAGAACGUCUCUGAGGACUCGCGGCACGUGUACACGUUCCACGUCAUGGAGUCACAGGACACGCAGUGGAGCCCUGAUAACUGGCUGCAGCCCACUGAAGAGCUUCCUUUUCCGCCUCUUUACGGCAGAUGAAGGAUUUCACUGCAACGUGAACCUACCAUGACUACUGGUUUGCUUCACAGCAACAUCUUCCACUCGUUCUUCCAUAAUCCCAAAGGGAUUAGUAUUCUAUCAAAAUGAUGAAUUAAUGACACAGCUGUUCUUUGCUAGUGCAGUACUUUCAUUAUCAAAACAGUCAUUUCAAGUAGGAUCUCUUUCACAGAAAAAAACAACACAAUGUCAUGCACACAAAAAAACUUUUUUGGAAUUCAAAGUUUUCAUCGGAUUCAUCACAGCAACAUUACAUGAUGGAAAAAUGCAGGCUCAUGCUGAUAGGUGGUCAUCACAACAGAAAUAUUCAAUUUAAUAUCGUGUGGGGAAAAAAAAUCAAUCAUUGGAAGUAAACCUUUUCAAGGUCCCUUGUAACCUUGUAGCUUGUACGCCUCCUCAACACUAGCAAAUCAGUUGAGUCAAUACUACUUAAGGCAAAAGUAUUUUAUAUUACCAUCAGGAAAGUUCAUAAAUAAACAUGAAGGGAUAACUUAAAUGUUCUUCAGAGGCAAUUUUGUGCUCAUUUACAUAUAUUUCCAUAGUUCAUACUUUGAUUGAAGCUUGUCAAUUUGCCUCCCUCACAUCACAAAUGUUUUUCUUUUGCCAUUAAAACAUUCUAAAAGGGGGCCGUUGCUGUUCCUGUCAGAGCAUGAGCAGGAUGAGGAGGUAGAGGGGCAGGAGGAGGUUGUCUAUCUGGGAGGUGUACGCCUCCAGCAUGGCCACCAGUGUGAUGGAGCCCACAAUCCACGAGUAGGUGGAGUUUAAGUUGAUACCGCCGUCAAAGAUGAGAAAAAUGGCCACGGCGAUGAUCUGGGCAAACACGGAUGUCGCCGUCCCCUCCGUCGUCUUCUUGGUGCCGGGCCAGCGGAUCUCCCCCAUGGUGCUACCGAAGACCGAGGCCACGGUGUCGCCCACCCCAACGGCGAGAACGCCAGCGUAGGGCACCAGGCCGCCGGCGCCUGGAAGAAUCCCCUUUGGCGUGCAGGCACCCGGGAAGAGCCAUACAGGGAGGGCCAUGCCGAGGAGCAGGUAGAUGUGGGUCAGGAUGAGGGGUCCGGAAUCACGCUCGUCCAGGAACAAAGUGAGUAGCUGCCGCAGCGGCUGACCCAGUGGCUUGAUGCGAAAGUAACGUACGUACUCCAGGAAGAGGAAGACGGCCAAGCAGCCCACAGACGCCACGUGCAGCAGCUGGCGGUCAUACAGAAGCCCCGGAACAAAGGUGGCCACCAUGAUGAGAUGGAAGUACUUCCGGACGACCGUGGAGGCCUGGUGCUUCUUGGACCCAGAUUGGC